CGAGAAAAUACGUGAGCUUAUCCUUUCCGGAAACAGCCAACAUGGGUAUUUCCCGUGACAAGUGGCAUAAACGCAGGUCGACUGGUGGUCGUGUCAACCAGCUUCGACAGAAGCGAAAGUUCGAACUUGGUCGUCCACCAUCAAAUACUAAACUUGGACCAAAACGAAUCCACACUGUGCGGACACGAGGAGGUAACAAGAAGUACAGGGCUCUUCGUCUUGACACUGGCAACUUCGCUUGGGGAUCAGAGGCUGUCGCCCGUAAGACUAGGAUCAUCGAUGUGGUUUACAAUGCCAGCAACAACGAGAUGGUGCGCACCAAGACCCUGGUGAAAAGCGCCAUCGUCCAGGUUGACUCCACACCAUUCAGACAGUGGUACGAGAACCACUAUGCCGCUCCCCUCGGACGCAAAAAGGGUGUUAAAUUGAGCGAAGAGGACACCGCUCGUCUAAACAAGCAGCGUUCCAAGAAGACCAUGAAGAAAUACGAGGAGAGGCAAAAGACAAAGGCAGUGGAACAGGCCAUGGAGGAUCAAUUUGCCACCGGCAGAGUUCUAGCGAAAAUUGCUUCUCGUCCUGGGUGCACCGGUCGCUGUGAUGGGUACAUCUUGGAGGGCAAAGAGCUCGAGUUCUACAUGAGGAAAAUCAAGACGAAAAAGGGGAAAUAGAUUUGAUAGCCUGUACAGUCUGCAGAAAAAUAAAGAGAAAAACACUAA